AUGCCGAGACAAAAGUCAGCGCCGAAACGAUCCGGGAUCGAUCUCGAAAAGUUACUUCUCAACAAGGACGACGAGACGACGAAUUUUACCCCUCUUCCGAGAAGAGUUGGAGAAGGAGGAGAAGUAAAAAAAAUCAACCACGAAGCCGUCGCGAAAUUGUUUUUGAGAGCAGUAAAAAACAAGGAAGAAGAAGAGGAGGAGGAAAAAAAUGCGACGAAACUUUCGCCAACGGUAAUGACGAACUUUAACGAUGAUGUUCUCGACGACGACGACGACGACGAAAAGGUAGAGGACCGAAAUACGAAUAACGUCCUGCGGUUGGUGAAAACGUUGGAAAAUUCGCACGAGGCGACGCGACGAGCGCUGGCGGAGGCGUUGGGCGUGGUCGCGGGGACGCAGCGGGAGCGCUUAGAGACAGAGGAAGAGAGGAGGGUGAUUCUUGAUGAGAACGACGACGACGACGACGACGACGACGACGAAAAGGAAGAGGAUAAGGCGGGAGAGGUUUUCGGGAGGAGCACACACGGCGAAGGGGUAGAGGAGGACAUCGCCGCGCUUCCAUCGACCACUUUUGGCUCGGCGACGUAUGCCGAACAACUCAAGCAGCAAGUACAACGACAACAAGAAAAGACGGAGCAGCACUUGCUGCGGGUACAAAAACAAAUGCACGAACAACAGAUACAGCAGCAGUAUAUGCAGCGGUUGCGGCAACAGCAGCAAGCGUACGGGGCUUUGAGCACGAUCAACGACGAUAUUCCGUACGCGGCCGCGUUGGCGAGGCAGCAAGAGAUUGUGCAUCAGCAGUUACAAUCGCAACAAGCGCAGUUCUUGCUGUUGCAGCAACAAGCGCAGCAACAGGCGAUGUUGUCGAAUCCGGAGUUGAUGAUGGCGAAUAGCACGCAUCCGGGCGCUCGCAUAUAUCCGUUCAACGCUGCCGCGCAGAAACCGCAAAAAGGGAAACGAGGGAGAAAGAAAAUGCCGUACAUUGAUCCAGAAACCGGGUUAGAGCCGGUGUGUGCGUUUAGUCAAGACGGAACGUGCACGUUUGCCAUCGGAUGUGCGAAGAGAGGGAAGGAGGUGAAGUACAGCAAGUUGAAUUUGAGAGUACCAAAGGUGGCGGGGAAGUACGUUGGGAAGCUUUGUUGUCAAACGUGUUAUUAUCGAGUUAAAGCGGCAAACUCGAUGUGCGCAUUUGUUGACGAAGGGUGCAGGUUUGCGGACAACUGUAAACGGAAAGAUGUGCCGGUGAAGUACGCGAAAUUGAGUUACAGGGUCCCGAAGAACCACGAUUCGCACGCGGGCGAGCCGUGUUGCGAAUCGUGUCAUUACAAGAUCAAAACGAGCGGGUUAAAGUGCGCGUUCACGCAAGACGAUACGUGUGUGUACUACAAAAACUGCCUGAAACGCGGCGUGGAGAACAUACAGUUCAACAAGUUGAAGUAUUUAGUCCCGUCGACGCACCCGCUGUUCGCCGGGCAACGGUGUUGCGAACCGUGUCAUUACCACUUGAAGACGAAAGGCGUACGAUGCGCGUUUCACAAAGACGGAACCUGCUCGCAAUUGAAACGAAAAGAUUUGUACGACGAUGAGACAGAGCCUUUGGCGUAUAAGGUCUUGUCGUAUCGAGUUCCCGAAACGGUCCCUGAAUUUGCCGGCGAACGCUGUUGCGAUACGUGUUAUCGACGGUGCAAAGCGAUGGGACAAAUGUGCGCGUUCGCCAAGGAAGGAACGUGCACGUUUGCAAAAUCGUGUGAAAGAAAGAACAUCCCUUUGGUGUACAAGCAGUUGAAGUAUCGCGUGCCGAAGAAGAACGCGAAAUAUCCGGGCGAGCUGUGUUGCGAAGCGUGCCAUUACAAGUGCAAAGCGCUAAACGAAAGGUGCGUGUUCUUUGACACCGGAGAGUGUCAGCACCUCGUGAACGCCGAGAAAAAAGGCGUCGAGGUGAACUACACGCAGUUGAAGUACCACGUUCCGAAAGGUAACCCGCAAUACGCCAAAUACGCUGGGAAAACAUGCUGCGACGCGUGUUACGUGAAAAUCCGCUCCAUAGGGAAGGAGUGUGUAUUCACCAAGGACGGGUUGUGCGCGUCUAUCGACGGUAAACUGGCUUUUUUUACGACGCUACUGACCAGACGCGUGCCCGCGACGCACGGAAGGCUCGCGGGGGCGUUAUGCUGCAAAUCGUGUUUCGAUAAGUGCAAAACGGGCGCAAAGCCUGGUUUUCGCGCGGACGAGUACCCCGUACCGGAUGGUGCAGAGGAUGAGACGCAGAUGGGUAAAAGAACAGAGCCCGAGAAGACUGGCGCGCCUUCGAACAACGGAGUCGAAGAAAAUACGACGACCAAAACGCCACCGGCGACGACGGAUUCGCCGAGUAAGAAAGCGAAGAAGGACACAAAAGCGAACGAAGACGACAACAACCAACAACCUCAGUGA